UCUCCUUGUCUCUCUCUCUUCUGAAUUUUCUUGUGUUGACUUUCUAAUAUUUAUAAUCAACUUGCAUCCAUAACACAUGGACCCUUAUUAAUUACACUUCUUCAUAUUCACACUAAACAUAUAUAUAAACAUCACUUUUUCUCCACAAAAAGUUCAUCUUCAUCUGCUAAAAUCCAAUAACUUCAUGCUUCUAUCUUCAUCCAUAUCCAUAUCCAUAAGCCAAUAUCAGUAAUUUGAAAAAAACGAUAGACAUCUAGCACAUUCACUCUUUUUUUUUUUUCUUAUAGGCAAAAUGGGAGAAAUUGAAAUUCCUUCCUAUUUUCUUUGUCCAAUCUCAAUGGAAGUCAUGAGGGAUCCAGUUAUAAUAUCAACUGGAAUAACCUAUGAUAGACAAAACAUAGAAAAAUGGUUAUUUUCAUGCAAACAUACAACAUGUCCUGUGACAAAUCAAGACCUAAAAUUCACAGAUCUUACUCCAAAUCACAAUCUACGUCGUUUGAUCCAAUCAUGGUGCAUGUUAAAUUCUUCGAAUGGCAUUCAACGUAUGCCAACCCCGAAGCCUCAGGUUCAGAAAGCACACGUUGUUAGAAUCAUGAAAGAAGCACAGAAAUAUCCGGAUAUGCAGUUUAAUUACCUCAGGAGGAUCAAAUCAAUGGCACGCGCAAGCGAGAGUAAUAAAAAGUGUUUGGAGUCUGCGGGGGUGGUUGAUUUCUUGGCCUCGAUUAUGAUCAAGGAAAAAGAAGAAGAAGAAUCAAAGGUGAGCGAUGAGGCUCUGAAUAUCCUUUUACAUCUAAACCCUUCUGACACCGAGUUGAAAAAGUUCAUCAACUCGCGAACUGAUCAUCGAUUCUUGGAUUCAUUACUUCAAUUCUUGAACAGUGGUAAUGUCCAAUCGCGAACCAACGCCAUAACCCUAUUGAGAUCAACCCUAAAUGUGGCUGAUCCAGCACAAUUAAUUGGUAUACAACCUGUGUAUAUCAAGGGUAUCAUUGGUAUACUAAAUGACAAAAUCCCCCAACAAGCAACAAAAGAAGCACUUAAGCUCCUAGUUGAAUUAUGUCCAUGGGGUAGAAAUAGGAUCAAAGCAUGUGAGAAUGGAGCUGUUUUUUCCCUAAUUGAACUCCUUCUUGACACAAACGAAAGAAGGAUCUGCGAACUGAUACUAACGGCUCUGGAUCAUCUGUGUACCUGCGCUGAAGGGAGGGCGCAGUUGCUGAACCAUGGCGGAGGAAUUGCCAUUGUCUCCAAGAAAAUUCUUAGGGUUUCACAUUUGGCAAGUGAUAGGGGUGUGAGGAUUCUUUGUUCAAUUUCAAAAUUCUCAGCAACUUGUUACAACAAUAUUCUUCAAGAGAUGUUGAUAGUUGGAGUUGUGUCAAAGUUGUGUUUGGUUCUUCAAGUGGAUGUUAGUCCAAAGACUAAAGAGAAAACUAAAGAAAUUCUAAGGUUACAUUCUAGGGUUUGGAGGGAUUCUUCUUGUAUUCCUCCUAAUUUGCUCUCUUUUUAUCCUUGAUAAAAGGGCAAUCCGGUGCACUAAAGCUUCUAUUAUGCGGUGGGUCCGGGGAAGGAUUAUAUUGUACGCAACUUUACCUUGCAUUUCUGCCAGAGGCUGUUUCCAGGACUUGAACCGUGACCUCCAGGUUACAUGGUAAUUUGAUUGGAGUCCCAAUGUUGCAAGAGUUUCUCUCCAAUUAUCUCUAAUUUGUCUAGUAUUUGUAUUAUUUUAUCUAGGUCUUUUUGAUCUUUGAUUACCCCUAUCUGUUGUACUACUUUCCUAAAAUUGUAUAAUUUUGUUCCUAGUUCUAUUAAUGUGUAAUCUUUUUUUUAUUUCUUCUUCUGUUAAAAGAUCUUGUAAUUCCUCAUACAUUGUUACCUUAUCACUCCUUUAUCACAUUCU